UGUACAGACUGGAGGGGCAGAAACAUCUGGAGCAGCUGCUGGUUUCUGAGUUCUGCUCUGCGACCAGCCAUGUUGUCUCUGGCGUCGCGGUCGCUUCGCCUCAGCGUUGCUGGUUGCCGUUCCUUAGCAACGGUUAUUUCCGGCAACAAGACGUCCAAGUUGGUGAGGGAGCGGCUGAAGAACGACGUGGAGAAGAUGAGGAACCGGUUCUCUGGGUUCAGACCCGGUCUGGUGGUUCUGCAGGUGGGAGACAGAGAGGACUCGAACCUCUACAUCAGCACCAAACUGAAAGCUGCAGCCGAGAUCGGAAUCGAAGCCAAACACAUCCGGCUGCCGAGGUCGGCGACUCAGGAAGAGGUUCUGCAGAGCAUCAUGGCGGUCAACCAGAACCCGGCGGUCCACGGCCUGAUCGUCCAGCUGCCUCUAGACUCCGCCCACAAGAUGGACACCGAGCUCAUCACCAACGCCGUGUCCCCCGACAAGGACGUGGACGGGCUGAGCUGCAUCAAUGCAGGAAAAUUGUCUCGAGGUGACCUGAGCAACUGCUUCAUCCCCUGCACCCCCAACGGCUGCAUGGAGCUCAUCCGGCAGACAGGCGUGUCAGUGGCAGGUAAACACGCCGUCGUCAUCGGUCGCAGUAAGAUCGUCGGCGCUCCGAUGCACGACCUGCUGCUGUGGCGUCACGCCACCGUGACCACCUGCCACUCCAAGACCCAAGACCUACCUGAGCAGGUGGGCCGGGCCGACAUCCUGGUGGUGGGGGCGGGCCGAGCGGAGAUGGUGAGGGGGGAGUGGCUGAAGGUCGGCGCCGUGGUGAUCGACUGCGGGAUCAAUCACCUUCCAGAUGAGACCAAAGCCAGCGGUAAGCGGGUGGUUGGUGACGUUCACUACGCCUCAGCCAAUCAGAGAGCAGGAUUCAUUACACCUGUUCCUGGAGGGGUGGGGCCGAUGACGGUGGCCAUGCUGAUGGAGAACACGGUCCAAAGCGCUCAGCGUUUCCUCCGCAGCUGAAAAUCUGACAGCUCAAACUGAGAUGAGAACCAGAUUCAGACCAAAGUUUGUUUUAUAAUAAAUCAUUUAUUUUAUGAUUCCAGCCUGUUUGAUGUUAAAGUUUUUCUGUUUUGUUGUUUUUCUUUAUCUUUUUUUUAUCUGAAAGUUUCCAACCUGCAGCUUAAAUCUGUUCAACCAUCAGGAAGAAAUUAUGAUCAAAAUGUUUACAGUAAAUAAAACAACAAAACCUCAGAGCUGAGAUUCAUUCAGCAGAUAUCAGUAGUCAGUAUGUUACCUAACCACUAGUUUCAGCUUUUAUUUUUUUAUUUCUAAACUUUCAUCAGUUUAGUUUUAUAAUUUGGUUUAUUUAUCUUAAGAUAUUUUCUUAUUAAAAGUAACUUGUUCUCCUCUACCGUCGCCACGGCUUCUUAAGAUGCACCUAAAUACGUUUUCUUAAUAAAAUCAAAUAAAUUUAAAAUCAAAGAUUGUUUAAUAAAUAACAGCUGUUAUUAUUAAUGUGUUAAAUGAAGUGAAUUUCUCCUGUGAUUCACAGUUUGAAGCAGUUAAAACUGUGGAUUCAUUUAAAACUAAAACCUUUAAUAAUCCAAAGCGGCUCUGAUUUCAUUCAUCUGAAAUCAUUUUGUUUCUGUUGUUCCAGGUUAUGAUUCGUUCAUAAACAUUUACAAACAGCAUUAAAGCGAGCGUCUCCAGCUGAGCCUGAGGAAUGAUUGAUGAUUGAUCGGCUGAUUGAUCGGUUGAUUGAUCGGUUGAUUGAUCGGCUGAUUGAUCGGUUGAUUGAUCGGUGACCUUCAGGGCUGCAGAUCAAUAUUCUGAAACGUGAAACAUCUGAACUCUAAAAAGUUUUAAAAUGUUUCAGUUUCAUCCAAAGUGAUGGAAACAGAAUCUAUAGAUCAAAUUUUAUCUUUUAUUUUUAAAUGUUUUUAGUUCAUAUUUCUAUUAACUUUCUGCAUAAAUAAAAUAUUUCCCUUCUGAUUAAC